CGCUGGACUCUCGGCUGCGCGAGGACGGGACGGGGUGGGGGGCGCGCGCACACUCCCGCGGCCAGCGGCGACUUUUCUCUUUAUUUUUUCUUUAAUUCUCCCAAAUAAUCUAAUCAUCGCCCCCGAAACACACCCAGGCCGGCAUCCAGCGGCCAGAAAACACCGUCACCGGCGGGAUUGCGGGGAAUCGGCGCGCGCGGCCUCCGCUGGAAAGUUUCUGACCGGCGCGCGUGACAGCGGCGAAAGGACAGCGGUGGGAAUCUCGCGGGUUUAAUUAGACGGAGAUUCACCGGUCACUCUCACAAACAGCUCACGGAUACCGUCAAGUAUUGACAAAGUUUGCGUGUAAAUAUAAAUAGAGUGAAAGUCGGAGACGGAGAGCCGCAGCGCCCCCGCCCGUGUCCUCCGGUAAACUCACGGGAAACUCUCUCAUCCGGACACACACACCGGCGGAGCACGGAGAAGGAUGGCCGCCUCAGUGAAGGUCGCAGUGAGAGUUCGGCCCUUCAACUCCCGGGAAAACAACCAUGAUGCUAAAUGUGUCAUCCAGAUGCAGGGAAACACCACCUGCAUCUAUAACCCCAAACAACCCAAAGAAUCAGCCAAGAACUUCAGCUUCGACUAUUCCUACUGGUCUCACAGCACGGAGGACGACCCAGCGUUUGUGUCCCAGCGUCAGGUGUAUCUGGAUAUAGGUGAGGAGAUGCUGCUUCACGCGUUCGAGGGCUACAACGUGUGUAUAUUCGCUUACGGUCAGACUGGAGCUGGCAAAUCCUACACCAUGAUGGGGAAACAAGAGCCUGGACAGCAAGGCAUCAUUCCUCAGAUGUGUGAGGAUCUGUUCAAACGCACCAGUGAGAACAUCGAUUCGGAGCUCUCCUACUCUGUAGAGGUGUCCUUCAUGGAAAUCUACUGUGAGCGUGUGCGUGAUCUGCUAAACCCCAAGAGUAAAGGAGCGCUGCGGGUGCGAGAGCAUCCCAUCAUGGGGCCGUAUGUGGAGGAUCUGUCCAAACUCGCCGUCACCUCAUAUGAUGACAUCCGAGACCUGAUGGACGCUGGCAACAAGGCCCGGACGGUGGCAGCGACCAACAUGAACGAGACGAGCAGUCGAUCGCACGCAGUCUUCACUAUUGUCUUCACUCAGCACCGCAAAGAUCAGCUGACCAACCUUGACACAGAGAAGGUGAGUAAGGUGAGUCUGGUGGACCUGGCAGGAAGUGAGCGGGCAGAUUCAUCAGGAGCCAAAGGCCUGAGACUGAAGGAAGGAGCCAACAUUAAUAAGUCCCUCACCACGCUGGGGAAGGUCAUCUCUGCUCUGGCUGAAAUGCAAAGCAGCAAGAGAAGGAAGAGUGAGUUCAUCCCUUAUAGAGACUCUGUGCUCACCUGGAUCCUGAAGGAGAACCUGGGUGGCAAUUCUCGCACCGCUAUGAUUGCUGCUCUCAGUCCUGCAGAUAUUAACUAUGAAGAAACGCUCAGCACACUCAGAUAUGCUGACCGAGCGAAGCAGAUCCGCUGUAAUGCUGUAAUUAACGAGGAUCCGAACGCUCGCCUGAUCAGAGAGCUGAAGGAGGAAGUGAACCGCCUCCGAGACCUGCUGCUGUCCCAGGGCCUGAGCCGACUGAUGACCGCUCCAGCUGCCGAAGUCAAUAAUAACAGUGUUGGCGUCACUCUCAUGCCUGCUGAAUCCACCUCCAACGGGGCUCCGCCUACCUCUGCUCCUGUCUCAGGAGAAGGCCCCGCCCCUGAGAGUGACUCCGCCGCUCUGGAUGACCACAGCCAAUUAGAGGAGUUUCAGGGAGAGAUGAUCACCAAUGAGGAAGCAGCGGAGAGACUGAAGGAGACAGAGAAGAUCAUCGCUGAGCUGAAUGAGACGUGGGAGGAGAAACUGAGAAAGACUGAGUCUAUACGUCUGGAAAGAGAGUCGAUUCUGGCAGAGAUGGGAGUGUCUAUUAAAGAGGACGGAGGAACUGUGGGAGUGUUUUCACCGAAAGGGACUCCUCAUCUGGUCAAUCUGAAUGAGGAUCCGCUGAUGUCCGAGUGUCUGCUGUACUACAUUAAAGAGGGAGUGACCAGGGUUGGUCAGAAGGACGUGGACAUUAAGCUCAGUGGUCAGUUCAUAAAAGAGCAGCACUGUGUGUUUUACAGCUACAUGAACCACAAUGGAGGAGUGGACGUGACUCUGGAGCCGCUGGAAGGAGCAGAGACAUACGUCAACGGGAAGCAGAUCAGCGAGUGUGUGCUGCUCAGACAAGGUAACCGUAUCGUGAUGGGCAAGAGUCACGUGUUCAGGUUCAACCACCCGGAGCAAGCGCGUCUGGAGCGCGAGCGCAGUACCUGUGUGGAGCAGCAGGGGGAGCCGGCAGACUGGAACUACGCCCAGAGGGAGCUGCUGGAGAAACAGGGCAUCGACAUCAAGCUGGAGAUGGAGAGGAGGUUACAGGAUGUGGAGAUUCAGUAUCGACGAGAGAAAGAGGAAGCAGAUCUACUGCUGGAGCAACAGAGACUGUAUGCAGAUUCAGACAGCGGUGAUGAUUCUGACAAACGCUCCUGUGAGGAGAGCUGGAGACUCAUUUCAUCCCUCAGAGAGAAACUUCCGGCUAACAAGGUGCAGUCCAUUGUGAAGCGUUGUGGUUUGCCCAGCAGUGGGAAGCGCCGCGAGCCGCUCCGCGUCUACCAGAUCCCGCAGCGGCGACGCAUCAGCAAAGCCCCGGAGCAGCUGACCCUGAGCGACCUGAAGCUGCAGGCGGUGAAGGAGAUCUGCUACGAGGUGGCGCUCGGAGACUUCAGACACUCGCGGCGGGAGGUGGAGGCACUGGCCAUCGUCAAGAUGAAGGAGCUGUGCCGCAUGUACGGGAGACGGGAUGCCGAGAAGGACGGCUGGAGGGAGGUGGCGGAGGACGUGUGGGAGACGGUGGGCAUCGGGGACGAGCGGACGCAGGACACGGCAGACGCAGAUGCAGAGAGCGCACGCAGCGGAGUCUACAACCUGAAGGCACACAUACACAAACUGACCGACAUCCUACAGGAGGUCAAAGAGCAGAACAACAUGAAGGACGAGGAGAUCAAAGCCCUCAGAGACAGAAUGAUGAAGAUGGAGAGCAUCAUACCGGUCGUACAGCAGGAUGACGAUGAAUCGGAGGAUCUGCCCCCAGACGGUGAUCAGGGGCGGGGCUUAGAUGAGGUUGGGCAUGGCUGUGUCCCCAAAGAGGAGCGCGUGUCCCGGCUGAUGGAGGAAGACGCCUCCUUCCGCAGGGGCCGUCUGCGCUGGCUCAAGCAGGAGCAGAUGCGUCUGCAGAACCUGCAGCAGCAGCAGAUCACCAAGCGGCUGCGCAGAGGGGGCGGGGCUGUGGGUGGCGACGGGGGCGUGGGCGUGAUCCACCUUCCUGGAACGGGACGCUUCAUUCCCCCGCAGGACUGCAAGCUGAAGUUCCCCUUUAAGAGUAACCCACAGCACCGGCUGUCCUGGGGACCCAACACAUCAGUAGUAGUGGACGACCUUAAGCUAGAUUGCAGUGACGGACGAAGCCCCGCCCCCUCUAUGCCACUACUUCCUUUACCGUUCCAAAUGCCAGUCGUCAUGCGUGCACCCUCACCUAGUCGCCCUUGGCAACCUCGGCACCCUAGCAACGGUAACUAUGCCAACGGCAAUCAGUUUCCUCAUCAACAGCAGUGGCGCUACAGACGCAACUCGCUGGAUGGCUCCAGCAUGCCUGCAAAUCAAGGUUACUACGGCAACGGAUACCACCACAACAACAAUAACAACGCCUCAGGCCGCGGUCGUUAUCGGCGACAGUCGCCAGGCCCCUGUGCACGUGGCGACGGGGCGUACGCACAAACAUACGCCAAUCAUCAGCGACCAGCCUACCAGACGCUACCGCACACGCUCACUGAUCAGCAGCACGGCAGAAACCAAAAACCACAGGGCUACGUGACGCCGCCGCGCAUGAGACGGCAGUACAGCGCCCCCGACCUGAAGAGCAAAGAAACACCCGUCUGAUGUGUGUGUGUGUGUGUGCUCCUACUCUUACUGUCAAUGAAUGAUGAUGUCAUGAAACCCGAGGCGUGUUGCUUUGAUUGGUCAGUGUGUUCGUUAACGCAGUCUCGUACAGUCAGACUAUCACUGAAAGAGUUUAUUCUUACGCU